UCCCCACGACCACACACACAAGCAAAAACCCCGACCGCAGCGCCGCCGCUAAGCCGCCUCCACAUGCUCGCCGCCACCGCCGACAAGCGCACGGAGGGCGUUCCACAAGGCUGCCGUCGCUCUCCCCCGCCAUGAGACCCUGCCUCACUUCGGAUGCCCUUUCGACCACGCAUCCCCCUCCGCCUCCUCCUGCCUCACCUCCAGCACCGCACUAGUCCCCGCCCACCCAGACCUCCACGUAGACCGCUCUCCUACUCUCCCGCGGCGGCGUUGUCGGCGGCUGGAACAGAGUCCGAGGAGGAGGCGGUUGUGGGUAGGGACGCGCCGCUAGCCCCUCCCCGCGCAGGCGGGGCGGGAGGUGGACAGCCUGGGGGUGGCUGGGCACGGCAGGGGACGCUCGAUGAGGACAGGGCGGAGCUCGAGCGGAAGACCUCUAUCGCCGCACGGUUCAGGCACUGCCAUGAGCUUCUGUGGCAGACUAGGUGGCGGGAGAUGCGCGACGGGUUGGCCCAGAUGGUGGACGAACAAGGUUCUGAUUCUGCUCCGACUCUAUGUGAUAUUCUGUGGAGUGGAUUCAAGGAGUGGGAUUCAAACAGCAUUGUGUGGGACGCUCUAGCAAAUAGUUAUGCUAGAGCUCAGAUGAAUCAUGAUGCUCUUUAUGUUCUUAGUAAAAUGAGCAGCCUAAACAUGCAAAUCUCAAUAACCACCUAUGACAGUUUGUUGUACAGUCUAAGAAAGGCAGAUGUGGCACUGGAGAUUUUUAAAGAGAUGGAGUCAUGUGGUAUUCCCCCCAGUGAUUAUUCCCAUAGCAUUCUCAUAGAUGGCCUCUGCAAGCAAGAUAAAAUUGGAGAAGCUUUAUCUUUCCUUCAAGAGAUUAGGAAAGAGGGGAAAUUCAUACCAUUGGGAAUGACCUUUAACACUCUCAUGUCUGCAUUGUGUAAUUGGGGGUUCAUUCAGGAUGCAAAAUCAGUUUUCUGCCUGAUGUUGAAGUAUGGAUUAAAUCCGAGCAGGCACACAUAUUCAACCAUUAUACAUGGUCUAUGUAAAAUAGGUUCUGUAAGUGAAGCAUUCAAUAUCUUUCAGAGUGUGACAGAAGAAGGAAUGGAACUUGAUAUUGUCACUUGCAACAGCCUUAUUAAUGGCUUUCGCUUGCAUGGUCAUACAAGAGAAAUUCCAAAAAUGAUUGAGAUGAUGAGGGGCCUAGGUGUCGAACCCGAUAUUGUUACUUAUACUAUACUUAUUGCUGGCCACUGUGAAGGUGGUGAUGUUGAAGAAGGGAUGAAGAUAAGAAAGGACAUCUUAGGCCAAGGUAUGGAGCUGAAUAUUGUCACAUAUAGCGUCCUUAUCAAUGCUCUCUUCAAGAAGGGCCUGUUUUAUGAGGUCGAAAACCUACUUGGUGAGAUAUGCAGUGUUGGUCUGGAAUUGGAUGUUAUUGCAUAUUCCAUCCUAAUCCAUGGGUACUCCAAGCUAGGAGAAAUUGGAAGAGCACUUCAAGUCUGGAAUCUAAUGUGCUCUUCUCAGAGGGUAACUCCAACUUCAGUAAACCAUGUAUCUAUUCUUCUAGGCCUUUGCAAGAAAGGAUUCCUUGAUGAAGCAAGGUCAUAUUUGGAAACUAUAGCUAGCAAAUAUCAGCCAUCCGAUGUAGUCCUCUACAAUGUAGUUAUUGAUGGUUAUGCAAAAGUGGGUGAUAUUGGUAAUGCUGUUCAGCUGUAUGAUGCGAUUAUUAUGGCUGGUAUGUGCCCAACCAUUGUAACAUGCAAUUCUCUUCUAUAUGGUUACUGCAAAUUUGGGGAUCUGCAUAUGGCAGAGAGCUAUUUUACGGCUAUUCAGUUAAGUGAUCUGCUGCCAACAACAGUUACAUACACCACCUUGAUGGAUGCACUCUCUGAAGCUGGGAAAGUUCAUUCCAUGCUAAGUCUUUUUAAAGAAAUGACUGGAAAAGGUAUCAAACCAAAUGCAGUAACUUACAGUGUAGUUAUUAAAGGACUUUGUAAGCAGUUCAUGUUCCAUGAUGCCAAGAAUGUUCUUGAUGAUAUGUGUAUAGAAGGUUUUGAUGCAGAUCCAAUACCUUACAACACGCUUAUACAAGGUUUUUGUGAAACGCAGGACGCCAAAAAUGCUUUCGGUGUGUAUGAACUAAUGGUAUUUCGUGGAGUGAUGCCCACACCUGUUACUUAUAACUUGCUUGUUAACGUGUUGUGCUCAAAGGGACUAGUUAUUCAUGCUGAAAUGCAACUGGAGUCCUUCAGAAAACAGGGUGCCAAGCUGAGAAAAUUUGCAUACAUAACACUUAUCAAAGCUCAAUGUGCAAAAGGGAUGCCUUACAAGGCCAUUAUGUGGUUUGGCAAGCUUCUAGAUGCAGGGUUUGAGGCAUCUAUUGAAGACUUCAGUGCAGCAAUCAACCGACUAUGCAAAAGACAGUUCACCAAAGAAGCUUUGAUGCUCGUACCAAUCAUGCUAUCUGUUGGUGUUUAUCCAGAUGUUGAACUAUACCGUGUAUUGGGUACAGCUGUACAGAAGAAAAAUGAGUUAUUCUAUUUACCCAUAUUGCAAGCCCUUGCUAUUAAAACUGGUAUUUAGUACUUUGAGCAUCUUGCGGUGUUCAGUUGCAAUAUCUGCCAUGUUUAGAUGGGCAUUUAGGGCUGUUGCCCACUGUCAAUCGCUGGGUCAGCAUGACUGUGCCAAAGCACAAGAAAGGGGCUGGAUUAUAUCAGAAUUUAUGUUAGAAGGAUUGGAUUCUCGACGUGGCCCAUGUAGCCGUGUGGAUCUUGGAUAGGAGGGAAAGGCCUUUCGUCGCAGCACCCAGCACAUAAGCCCGAGCAGAGGCUGUGGCACUGUGCAUCGCUGUGAAGCGGACUGCUCCUCCAUCCUCUCCAAGAUCCUGCACCAUUAGGGGUUUGGGUGACCCCUGAGGAUGGUGGUUACCUUGAAGAUCCCGGUGCCAUUGCUUCUUUGCUACUUGGCCUCUCCACCGCCAGCAACCGUCCCAGCUCUCGCAAGUGUUUGCUUCAAGCAUGGACUGGGGAACAAAUCUAGCUGCCUGUUCUUGACCCCUUCCGGUCCAAGGAGGAGCAGGCAGGAACUCCGGCAUACAGUGGUCCUUGGCGGCACCUUCGAGCGUCUCCAUGGCGGCCACCGCUGCCUUCUCAGAGUUUACUUGGAUGCAGAGCAAAGCAGGAGAGAUGAUCUAGAAUCUCUCGGUUAUGUCUUAUGUACUUUCUUAGGGGCAGCCUACCAUGGCAGGAGCUGAAAGCAGGACCAAGAAGCAGAAAUAUGACAAAAUCAGAGAGAAAUAGAUGCUUACUCCUGUCUAGGUGGCUCAUAAAUUAGCUCUCGACAUUCAUCAAUUCUUUAUUAUGGGUUUGGUACUCUGCAAAUCGUAUCCAUCAGAGUUUAUCUCCUACUUUCACUACUGUCGUUCAUCGUGGUUUGAAGACAGGCCUGAUUAUUCUUACCUGAAGAGACUAUCUAUGAUCUCUUUAUAGGGGAAGGAUACCAGUUUGACUGUGUGUUUGCUGGACCAUUUUGAAGUAUCCUCAGGCUGCAACCCCCGGACAAUCUGAUAAAAAUUAGCAGUUGCUAGAAUUCUAGCAUCGAUUUGUGUUUUUGUACGAACACCUGUGUGUCAUGUGUGUCAGAUUAGUUGUUUUAGUUCCCUUUUUUCUCUAUAAAUUGUAAUAGGUAGCAACUCAUCUCGUUAUAGUGUUGUACACAACCAUUUAAUCAGCUGGUGAUUGCUUCCAAUUUUGUCUUAUCUUCCUUAUGUGCCCAAUGCUCUUGCUGAGGACCAAACCUUCUAGUGACAAACCGCGGAAGGUGCUAUUUUCAUGUUCAUUGACAGUAGGUUUACAUACAAGUGUCUAGUGAGUACAUUUGAUGAUGUGUUUGUUUAA